AUGGGCCAGGACUGGAAGCUGAUCAACAUCGACAAGAAGCGCCAGCUUCGCCACAUCGGCCAGCCCAAGCUUUUGGAGAUCCUCAAGAGCACCUCGGGCGAACAGCUGGUUGGACUUCUGGCCAAUCCCUCGUGGCUGAGAUUCCAGAUCCCCGCCGAGAAAGCCAUCCCCGCGAAGAAGAGAAACCACGACUCGGCUCUCGUCAAUCUCCCUCAAAACGUCAUCGACUUGAUCGUUGCCCUCCUCUACGAAUGCCGACACGAUGCCGACCUCAUCUGCCUUUCCGUCACCUGCAGCUACUUCUUCCGACUUAUCGCCCAUCUGAUUCAGGCAGCCAUCUCGGAGGACAUCGGGCAGUGGGCUGGCGACCGACUCAUUCUCAUCAGCGAAAGGGCUGUCGGCUACCCUCCCGAGAUUGCGACCGUCCUGGAAAGGUUCCAGUGGGACAGCGAUGGAACCAACCCACUGCAUGGAAUGGGCGAACAGGCCGUGGCCGAGGGUCACCACUCGACCUUGGCAUCCCUCGUCAAGGAGCAGCCAUUCGAGGUAUGGGGCAGAGCACUCGAUAAUGUGCGUGAGCGACUGGACCAGAAGCAGGAGGUUUCGUUGCCAUUUAAGCGUUUGAUGAAACUCCUGAUGCACAACCCCCACUUCCCAAGCAGCCACCGACCAGCCGUGCUCCGCAACCUCACGACCAAGCAGUUCAUCAGCGACGAUGCUCUCGCCCGGUCCAACUUUUCCUACAGCCUAGGAGAGGUGCUGCUGUGCUACAUCACCUGGGGCGAGGAGGCUGUCCAAGACGAACGGGUGAGGCUGCCCAUGAAGGGGGAGUGGGCUGGUCAUCGGUUCGACAUCACUACGAGGGAGAAGGUGAGCGGAUGGGAGGACGUGAGUCAGCAGGUCAUCAAGAGAAUGAUGAUGGCGACAAGAGAGGAGAGGAAGACUGGCAGACGGGUGGACGGGAAGAUUUGGGGAAUCUAG